AUGAGUACUUCACACGCAUCCUACAGCAUUUUUACAGCAUCCUCAUCAUCACAACAUCCCAUCACAGCGCCAUCAUCAUCACAGCGUCCUCACCAUCACAGCCCUCACCACUCACAGCGUCUUCACCAUCACAGCGUUCUCACCAUCACAGCGUCCUCACCAUCACAGCAUCCUCACCAUCACAGCGCCUCACCAUCACAGCGUCCUCCACCAUCACAGCAUCUUCACCAUCACAGCAUCUUCACCAUCACAGCGUUCUCUCACCAUCACAGCGUCCUCACCAUCACAGCGUCCUCACCAUCACAGCGUCUCACCAUCACAGCGUCCUCACCAUCACAGCGUCCUCACCAUCACAGCGUCCUCAUCAUCACAGCAUCUCUAACCAUCACAGCGUCCCCACCAUCACAGCGUCCCACCAUCACAGCAUCUUCACCAUCACAGCGCCAUCACCACAGCGUCCUCACCCCAUCACAGCAUCUUCACCAUCACAGCAUCUUCACCAUCACAGCGUUCUCACCAUCACAGCGUCCUCACCAUCACAGCGUCCCCACCAUCACAGCGUUCUCACCAUCACAGCGUCCUCACCAUCACAGCGUCCUCAACCAUCACAGCGUCCUCACCCAUCACAGCGUCCCACACCAUCACAGCGUCCCUAACCAUCACAGCGUCCUCAUCAUCACAGCAUCUUCACCAUCACGUCCUCCACCAUCACAGCGUCCUCACCAUCACAGCGUCCCCACCAUCACAGCCAUCAUCAUCACACACGUCCUCACCAUCACAGCAUCUUCACCAUCACAGCGCCAUCAUCAUCACAGCGUCCUCAUCAUCACAACAUCCUCACCAUCACGCGCCAUCAUCAUCACAGUCCCCACACCAGCAUCUUCACCCACCAGCGCCCUCAUCAUCACAGCGUCCCCACCAUCACAGCAUCUUCACCACCACAGGCCCUCACCAUCACAGCGCCAUCAUCACACAUGCCCCACCCACAGCGUCCCUCACCAUCACAGCGUCUCACCAUCACAGCAUCUUCACCAUCACAGCGCCUCAUCAAGGUCCUCACCAUCACAGCGUCCUCACCAUCACAGUCCUCACCACCACAGGUCCCAUCACAGCACUUCACCAUCACAGCGCCAUCACCAUCACAGCGUCCUCACCACCAUGGUCUCACCAUCACAGCGUCUCACCCAUCACAGCGUCCUCACAUGUCCUCACCAUCACAGUGCUCCCACCAUCACAGCGUCCUCACCAUCAUGUCCCACCAUCACAGUCUCACCACAAGGUCCUCACCAUCUCACCAUCAGCAUCUCACCAUCAGCGCCUCACCAUCACAGCGCCAUCAUCAUCACAGCGUCCUCACCAUCACAGGCGUCCUCACCAUCACAGCGUCUCAGCUCAGCCUGGCGUAAUACCAAGCUCAUGUCGCAGGAAAGUGUUUGGCUGAGAAAAUAUUUAAGUAGCUGA